AGACCAUGGGGUGGGAGUCUUUGUUGGAAAGCGAAACCACCUAUAAAAGACAACCGCGCUCAUCGAUGCCAUCGCAGUUUUAGCAGCUUAACGUCCGAGCGAAAUCUCCAAGCAAAAUGAUGACCAAGAUCUUUAUUCUCAUCGGCGCCCUCGUGGCUGUUUGCUCCGCCGGUAUUGUACCAGCCGUACCAGCAGCAGUUCCAGCGGCACUCACAGUUGGUACUUACGCAUCGAGUUACAACGCUCACGCCAUCAAUCAUGCCCUCGCUGCACCUUACGUCGCUGCACCCGCGGUAGCCGCUGCUCCUGCAGUUGCAGCUGCACCCUUUGCCUAUUCGGCCCUACCAGCUGCUUACGCUUACUCCGCACCCCUAAUCGCUGGAAGACGCUAAAAUUUAUCAUUAGGCAAAUUCAACGUUCAAGAUGAUAUCCAACGACCUUGACUCAACCAUAGAACCGGACGAGAGGAUCUCUCUCGACUUUUGACAAGAGAAAAAACCACGUUCUACCGAAUUUUUCCAUCGAAAUUGUUUUACGAUCGAAUCAUCACCGUGCAUCAUCCGUAGAUAAGUAGAUCCUAACUGCGACGAUGCGAUCGGAUAAAACUGGUUCUGAUCUCGACUACACCACGAUGCGAACGAUGACUUGGUCUCUCCACUCUACACCACAUCGCUUUCUCAUAUCACGCUCCUACUCGGUCGAUCAAUAAAUCAUUUUUUCGAUACCGCAA